AUGAAAUCAUCCGAGUCAACUGAUGAUGAGAAUGUAAAGACAAGGUUCACUAGAACCAACAAGAAAGACACAAGUAUGGAACUGAAUAAAAUUGAAGUGUCAGUAGAGACACACCCUCCACCAUCUGCCUCAUUGGAGGCAAGGCCAGUGGUUGCUGGUCUGGUGCCAGCUUCUGUUGAGAUGGAGAGUAAAGAAACUAAAAAACCCUUCAGUGUCAAGGACACUGAAGGAAAAGAUGUUGGCACUAUGAAGGCAACUCCACCCAUGAGGCCAACAAAGCCUUCCAUUAAAAUGCCUCCCCUAGUAGAAAAAAAGAAAUCUCCCAGUCUUGUCAAAAGGAACCACAAUGAAGCACACAGUCGAGGUGACAUUAUCGUAUUCUAUGGCCAUUACCCAAUAAGUACAAUAGUGUCCUCAACUGAUUUAACGAAACUCUUGUCUACUGGGGCAGCAUAUGUAUGUGGACAUCUCCACACUGGUUUUGGUACAGUUGAUCCUAUGUGGACAAGACAUCCAAAUGGAUUAAUGGAGCUGGAACUCUCAGACUGGGCACAUACCCACAGAUUCCGAAUAUUGGCAUUUGAUGAUGGUAGACUAACUUGGAUAGAUGUUACUCAUCCCACAUGGCCAGUGGUUAUGAUUUCUAGUGUGAAACGCAUAUCACUAGGUGAUAAUAAUUAUCAAUUUUUGCUCAGAUUACUGGUGUUUACAGAUGAAGAGAUUGCUGUAGUUUCCGUUCGUGUUGAUGAUAAUUUAGGCCAUUGGAUUUCAUGUGUGCAUAACUUUGGUCCCUUAUUUACUGCUACUGUUGAAAUCCACUAUGAAUCUUGGGAUCGUCCAGCAAACGAAAAAGAUUUUAUAAGAAAUCUCCAGGUUUUGGUUGGCAAUUUAUCAGGCAGCAAAACACUGUUGAGAAUUGGAUCGAAUGGCGCAGGGUUUGAGUUGCCAAAGCCAUCUUUCUUAGCUGGUAUUAUCCUGUCUCUCAGGGUGCAUGAUGUGGUAAGUAAGAACAAAAAAUCAUUAUUGAGUUCACUGUUGACAUUUUUUGUCAGCGACCAAUAUUUGUUAUAGGUUAUUCAACAUGAAAAUCUAUAAGAACAUGGAAGUAAAAGUUUAGAAAAUUAAAGUGUGUAAUUUCUUUUAUUUUUAUUCAUUGUUGUUCCUCCCAGAGCAGGAGUGUUCCAAUGUGUUAUAAUGGAUUGAAAUUUACGGAAAAUCAAGAACCUUGAAUCUGUAUAAUUGUUCAUGUAGGUGAUUAUGUAUAACCUAAUUUUUAAAAAGUAAAAUUGAUUUUGUAAACUGACUUAUUACUUAUAGUUAGCCCCUUUUUUUGCAAAAAUAAAUUGAGGAUAAUUUAUCCUUCAUAUAGUAUAAAAAGAAAGAGCAGGCCAAGCCAACUAUUUUCCUCAUUUAUCAAUUGUCUUCCCCUUUAGAGGGGUAGUGUUGUCAGUGCACCUCACGCAG